AUGUCUAAGGCAAACGAAACCGUCAAAGUGGACAAAGAGUUGGACAUGUCCAACGCAGGUCGUUCCAUUUGGUUAGUGAAAGUUCCCAAGUACAUGGCCAAGAAAUGGGAGAAAGCACCAGGGAAUAUUGAGCUUGGCAAACUGAAGAUUGCCAGACAAGUAGGUCACAAAACGCAGAUGUCGCUUUCGCUCUCCGACGCUUUGAUAAACUUGGAUCCGUUGGAGAAAAUUCCAAGACACCACCGGCUGGAACCGUCGGUCGUUGCCAAGCAAACGUUGGGUGUGUUUUCUCAUAGUGUUCCAACAGUUGCCACGGAACCGGAGGCGGAACAGCAAGUGGUAGGACGCAUUUUUCAGAAACUAGAGUGUCGCCCUUAUGCUGACGAUUGCUACAUGAAAAUGAAGCUAGAAUCCAUCCGAAGAGCAUCGCAACCGACACGCCAGACUAAAUCGCUGGAAAAAAUAGUGAACAAUUUCAAACCCAUUUCCGACCACAAGCAUAACAUCGAGGACAAACAACGCAAAAAGACCGAAGGGAAAAAAUGCUGCUCCGACAAGAACGCCGUCCAGGAUGUACUGUUCAAAGCAUUCGAGAAGCAUCAAUACUACAACAUUAAGGAUUUGGUUACGAUUACUCGGCAGCCGAUAACCUAUCUGAAGGAGAUAUUACGAGAAAUGUGUGAUUACAAUAUGAAAAAUCCACACAAAAAUAUGUGGGAGCUUAAGAAAGAGUAUCGCCACUACAAAUAG